AUGAAUAACUGUUACAAGGGAGAGAGAUUGUUGUGUGUUGAAGGGGUCCUGGUAAAGAAUAAUUUCAAUUGUGCUUUCUUUCUGGUCUAUGGUGCACAUAAUAGGGAUGCGAAAAUUCAGGUGUGGGAGGAGCUGAGUUACAUGACUGGUUUAUGCCAGGUUCCUAGUUGCUACAUGGGAGACUUUAAUGAAAUAGUACGUGUAGACGAAAGGCAAGGUACUGAUGUUCUACCUAGGUCGGCGGAGGAAUUCAAGGGUUGGAUACAAGAUAUGCAUUUAGUGGAUUUGCCGCUCACAGAUCGUAGGUUCACAUGGUUUCGAGGACGUUCUUGCAGUCGUAUAGAUAGAGCUCUGGUUAGCUUGGAGUGGUUAGAGGAGUUUCCUAAGACUCAGAUACGGGGUGGACCAAGGGGUUUGUCAUAUCAUUGUCCUGUAAUAGUAGAAGACAUGAAGCAGAAGGGAGGACCAAGGCCGUUCCGAAGCUUGCAUUCCUGGUUUACACAUGAAGACUUUCUCAUAAUGGUUAAAGAGGAAUGGAGAGGUUUGGGGGAGAUUCAGUUCACAGACAAGUUGAAGGCAUUGACAAUUCCAUUAAGGGGAUGGCAUAAGGCUAAUUUUGGGGAUAUGGACAACAAAAUUAUGAAAUUUGAGGAAGAAAUUAAGAAGAUUGACGAUUUGGUGAGCAAUGGAGUGUAUGAUGGAACGAUGGAGGCUAGAAGAAAGGAGCUGGUUAUAUGCUGUGAGAGGUGGUAUGUUAGGAAAGAAAUUCGUUGGAAACAGAUGUCUCGAUCUCAGCAAGCAAAGGAGAUGGACAAAAAUACAAGAUACUUUCAUAAUAUAGCUUCAGAAAGUUCUCCUACGGUGGGUUUCAGGGAUGGCCUGGUGGGUAGGAUAGAGCAGGAAAAGUCUGUAACUCUGGAGGCACUGCCAACGAUGGAGGAGAUCAGAGAGGCUGUAUGGGAUUGUGAGUCUUCUAAGUCACUAGGUUGUGACGGGUACAACAUGAAUUUUAUUAAGAGUGUGUGA